AUGAGUAACACGUUUGCUUCUUUAUUACGUGGUUCACGUCUAGCCACAUAUGACAGAAGCAUUGCUCAAGUCUAUACCACACCUUUAAAACACAAACAAAUCGGUGACUGGGGAUUAAAACGUAACUUACCUACUGUCAUUCGUACUCGAUAUGCAACUAUUGAACAGUUGGACACAGCAGAGCACCAAACACCCUGGCAACCAGGAGAUAGUCAAGUCUUGUUUGUUAAGCGUUGGAAAGAAAACUUUCCUGCUUCUAAAAAGCCUGUACCUCGUUUAGACUCACCUACACACAACAUUGUCGAGAUGACCCCUGCCGAAUUUAACCGUUUCCUUCAUUCGUGCAGUCUAUUAUCUCCUUCAUUCCAACACUUAUUAAAGAAGAAGGAACUUGUGCCCGAACAAGUAUUUGAUUAUUUGAAUGUCACUUUUAAGGAAUCUGCAGCACAAAAACCUGUAGGUCCCACCUAUUCAGACUAUGACACUGAGGAAGUUUACCCCGUACAAGGCCGUAUCCUAAAUGCUGAACGACAUGGACAUGCAGUGGGUAUUGCCGGUGUAGUGGGUUUCUUACCCAAGAGACAUUCAAUGGGUUUACGUCAAACUGGUAACCGUAAGGUACGUCAGUUCUAUGUCGAGAGCGCAAAGAUCGAUGAGGAAGGUAAACCCCACGUCCUCUUAACCUUGACUCCUCCCGGUGCUGCAAGUCUUCCCUUCAUGUUGGCCUUUGAUGAAGAUGAGCCUGCACAGGUCGCUGUCAAAACAAACCGCGUCUUCUUGACAAAGAAACCAUUAGAAGAUGAUAAUCUCACACCUCAUCCUGACCACGAUAAACUCAUGAGUAGAAUUGCUGAUUUAAUUAAUAAAAAAUAA